CGGCGGCCGGCCUGAAGCAUGGUCGCUCAUCUGCUUAAGCAGAGCCGGAGCUUUGUGGACGCGAAGCGGCGAAGGUCAAGUUGGUUUGUGACCCAUACCUAGACUACUUCCUUAAAAGAGAGAAGGACCCUUUCCCUCAAAAACCAAAUCCCACCUCCCGUGCCACCACCACCGCCGCCGUUGCCGCCGCCGCCAGACUUUUCAGGAAAUACCCAUCCUUUUUCUCACAAUUCCAGCCCUCUCCCUUCCUCUCUCUCCAAGUCAUGCUCACCUCAAGCAAUGAUCCUCUACAAAGAAGAAUUAGCCAGUCACAGCUCGACGUCUCACCGGAAUGACGCGAUCAUGAGGCUGAUGAAAUUUUUCACAGUUGUGAAAAUCAAUACUUUUAGGCGAAAACCUCGUUUGUGUCUGAAAUGGAAAUGAGAGUCUCUGCUGGGAAUGGCUUGGACAUUGAGAAAGGAAUGCCCAUAAGGUGUCUUAUGCAAUUACCAAGGGGGUUGUUUUUUACGCAAUUAUCAAGAGGGUUUUAUUUGGAGAGAAAGGUCAAGAAUUGGGUUGAUGAAUUGACGAGGCUUUUGGUGUCAAAGAAGAUAGGGAGAAUCUGUUUUGUUUGGGAGAGUACCUAGUUUUUCAGGAUAGGUUUAAGAAGGCAUUGAGGCACCAUCCUGGGAUUUUUUACAUUUUGAAUAAGAUUUGAACGAAGACUGGUGUGCUUAGGGAGGCCUAUGUGAAGGAUUUGUUGGUGGAGAAAAGCAUCUAUGCAUUAAUGGGGAUGAGGUAUGGGUACAUUCAUCUUGUGAACAAGGCCAAGAAAUGGAGAAGCCAUUGUAGUGUUUUAGCAUAUAGGAAUAAAAGACAGGCAAUGCCUUCUGUUCAGAAAAGGGGAGCUAAAGAGGGAUCUGAUGGUAGCUUGGGGGAGAAAAGAGAGCCUGGUCAAUCAUCGGAUUUGGAGGUUGAAAAUGUUGCCGAUGACAAGGGAAUGCAAACAGAGAUAUAGACAGACAAGGUGAAUUACAAGGUGGUUACCCUUGUCAUGGUUCUACUAAAGUGAGUACAUGUAACAUUUGCUUCUGCAAAUUCUCUAUGCUGUUCUUGGGACUUGCACUGUUGUGUUUCAUAGUCAAGGCUUUUGCAAAUGCACCUGAAUUGUUGCCUGGUAGUAGUAAUAGAAGAUUUAGAAGCACAGGUUGAGAUAAGAAAUUUGAGAACCUUGCUUGAAUUUGCAUGGUAAUGAAUUUGAACUUUACCUCUAGGGGACUGAAGGCAUACAAACUGGACAUAAUCUGCAAAGCCAGUUUAGUAGCUUGGAAUUUUAAUUGAUUUGGAAUUUGAUGAUGUUGCAUUGUUGCUAACUUGCUAUUGAGGAAGCUGUCAGAUGGAGACAUGAAUGGAGGAAACAAGAAAAGCUGAUUUCUAUUUGACAAAGCUUCUAUAUAAAUGAGUUAUCAUGACACAAAUUUCCGACAUACAAUGGGAAGAAUGAAAAAAAAAAAAAAAAUGAAGUGUUUUUAAUCUGUUGAGAAGUAAUUAGCAGCUGACAAUUGCUGGGAAUAGAAACCAAAAUCUGAAGAGACAUCAAUUCGACAGUAAGACUAUAUAUUACAGCAUAUUUUGUGGACGGAUGACAUCAAAGGCAGUAAAACAUAACUAAUAAAGAAACCAAAAACAUGUAGAUAAGCAAAGCCUUUUGAUUGCUUUCCAGAAGUUCUACCUUUCUAGUAUCUAGAAAUUGCUCAAACUUUUCAUAUGGCUUUUAGGAUGGUGAAUUCACUUGAUAUCUUGGUCUCUUAAGUUCUUAAACAUUUUAGUCUGGCAAAUUAUGUACAGAAGCAUCCUUUCUUAUCAAUAAAAAGAAUUCUUGAGA